UUUUCAACCAUUCUGGGCGCCUUUUGGCCAACGAGUCGAGGCUUGUUCUAUGCACCAUUGUGAACGAGCGUCAGUCUCUGUCAUCCCCCGCGCUCUUUAACCCCCUGCUCUGACUUACUACUGAUGUGAAUCUGAUCACUUUCUAAAGUUAGUCCAGCUACACAGCCACGCUGCUCCAUCUUCUUACACCAACUCACGAAGCGACUCAAUGUCACAUCCCUCACCCAGUCUCCGUCAAGAUGGAGGCUCGCAACCCGCUGACAGAGGAUGAUUUUGAAGAAUUCGACCUUUUCGACGACGAACAGCAAUCCCACGUCAAACGGCCCGAGCCUGUGCAACGUCCUACAUACCCCUCAACCUGGAAUGAGGUUGAUGAGGCUCUCAAGGAUGCAAACCCAAAGACUUUUGCAGAGGAGAAGAUCUAUAUUGAGAACUUUGGCCUACAGCACGACUUUGGACUCAAUGCUCGGUGGAACAGUCCCGCGGCUGAUGCUCGCGGUCCGACGCUGAACAAGGCGCGCUCCCUUGUCUUGGACACAGGUCGUCCAAUUCCCGUUCCCGAGAGACUUGAGCGCCGGCGCGCCGAUUUGGAGAAGAACCGUCCUUCAGCCCCAUCUGAGCAAGAUCAGAUGGCUGCAGACCAACGCCGGCUCAUGCACCAGCACAUACUACCAUUUUCGAAGUCGCCAGAGCACGCAGAGUGGGCCAAGACCCUCUCUGUCAUCGCUGACCUAGACCCAAGUGGUGCGUACAUGGACAUCAAGUGGGCCAAGGAGAAUUGUGGCGAAUUGGGAAACCAAAGUGCAAGCCAACUCAAGAAGGCGACAGCAGAUUACGUUGCCUGGUUGAAGCUCUACACUGGCUUCUUGUCGAAGACUCUGCGGCUGAGGACCAUGCUCCGCGAGGCAACGACACCACCGUUGGCGGCAGUCGACGAGGCUGCCACCUUCACCCUGCCACGACUCCUGAACACCAAGCUUUUCUCUAUCCGACCAUUGGUGCAAGGCCUCGCCAUCCCCGAUGUCCCGAAUAUCUUCCGAGACCUCGACUUUGAAGACUUGCUCAGUCCAGCAGCUGGACAUACGGAACAGUCUGUCAUUACCGGGCUCAAGUUGACCAAGUUCGACAACACCGUACUCCACAUUUCCAUCGAGCAGCUGCUGCUGGGCGACUUCCAGCCAUACCUAAUAUUCUUGGCGCAGGAAAAGCGCAAGGCUGAUGUUGAACUCGAAGCCGAGAGCAAACGUCAGAAACUAGACCUGCCUCGCAUUGACGACUACAAUCUCGCCAAAGAUUACGUGCGCAAUAACUCACAAUCUCGAGCCCUGCCUCGUUUUGGUAUAGACAUGAUCCCAAGAUUUGUGAGAGUGCCGGGCCAUCUAUUUAAGCUGCCUGAGGAUCAAAGCGCGCAGGAACGCCUACCACUCUCGGUCCUCCGCCGUCAAUUCACCGAGUACCAGUGGAUUCUAGCGCUGAAUAUGGGCCAGUACACAAUCCUUGAGUUGGUCAACAAGGGCCUCCUUAAUCCUGACAACAUCAGGUACCUUGUCGAUGCUGAAGGAGUGCCUCUCACGGCACCAUUUGUUGGUCAGCAAGUCCAGCCACCACCAGCGAGACAGCCAGGCGCCGACCCGGUCUCAGAUAUAGUCAUGAAGCGCCCGAUUGACUUUGGGGACAUUAUUCUCCCCGUUGAAAGAGUCUAUGAUGUCAUCCGUCUCCAUCGCGAGCUGUUUGACCUGACAGACGCAAAGGAGCACGAGCAAUACGCGCGAGAUGCUGGUUGGGUAAAUCCGCGUACGCCCGAAGGCGCAUCACAGCUGAAAGCAUUGGGUUGGGCCCAGGUCCCGACGGCUGACUCGUACAGGAGUACGACGAUCUAUACAUUGACGCUCGCCAACAUCCGUACACGAACCCUGCAAUUCGCUGCUAGGAACCAUCGCAACUUCGUCAGCCGAAUCCAGGCAGAGGAUUCUUUCGCGAGAGCAAUUGAUGGUAUCCUCAAAAGCACCCCGGCAAUGGAACCGUUGUCAACGCUUUUCACCCGGCCGCUGCUUCGCGAUGCAUCUCAGCCGAGUUCAGAGCUGAGCGCAUCCCCCGCCUCCCCUGUAGAGCUGUUUCUCAGAGCCGAGGCAUUUCUCAAAGACCUAUGCACUCUCUACGGGGGAGUCAACCGCUGGGUCGAGUACAUGCUGCAGCUCUCACAGCGUGGAAGCGCAAGCGUUGCUCCCAGACCUGUAGAUGAAGAUCUCUCCCACUUCUUCGCUCAGGUUUUUGGAUGGGAUGCUUUGAAGAAGCUGCCCUCCGAGACCCAAGCUGUCUUGAGGUCGCGCUUGAAGGAUGCGACGUUUUCGUCGAUGCCCGACAUCCUCAUUGCCUAUCUUCGCAACAUCCACAAGACCUUCUUUAGUCUAUCUGUCAUUGUGGAGAGGUUUGGGAAGUAUUAUCUUCCUGCUUCAGCGAGACCAUGGGCUGCGUCGUCAGAAGCCAGAAGAGAUAUCUGCAAUGACUGGAGACGAUUCCUCCUGGACCGGGCAAUGAAGCGGCCUAUUGGUAUCGUGGCUGAAAAGAUCAGAGCCGAGCCGCACAACCGCUCCGGAGACGUAGAUGUCACUGGAAAUUUCACUUCGCGCCACUUGGCUCCAUACUGGGCGACAGAGGUGGCUCUGGCCGCGCAUGAGGAGUUAUCCUAUGGCGGAGAGACCUGGAUUCAGCUCGAAGUCGACUUAGGUUGGCAGAAACUCGAUGGAGAGGAUGGCUGUGAAGUCAAGGAGAACGGCUACGCCUAUUAUUGAGAGUGGGAUCAUAGCGAAGUCUCGUCUUGUCAGCGUUGUUCACCAUGGGGGAGCAAGUAGCCAAAAUCAGUCAUUUGGCCCAUGCCAAGUACAUACAAUCGAAUACAAGUCAUGGGGAAAGUAUAAUGAAGUCUGAUAGCAAAUGACAAAAUCAGUCUCGUACUUAGUUGGGU